AUGCUGCCUGUCUUCAACAAGCUUACUCUGUUGGUCGAGAUAAUCACGUCAGUGAGCAGCGUCAUUCUCUACUUCUUUGUUUUCCUUCUAUCAAGAAAGCACGCCAGUGGCCUUCGUCGUAAUCAUCAGACGAAUCAGAGUUCACUGCAAGCAUUCAAUAAUCAACAGCGUCAAUUAACCGCCACAAUGGGCAUAUCGUGUGCAUUCACGUUGAUUCUAUACGUAUUACCGCUAUGCUUAAAAUAUGCGGUAGUGAAUAAUCUGAACUCUGGCUCACAACAAAUUUGCUUGGCGUUUAUAGCGAUUAGUUGUAAUUUAACACCACUAACGAAUUUUGCGAUUGUGUUCCUGAGACACCGCGAGAUUCGAUGUCGUCUUAUCGACCCAACAGCGCCGUGUUUUUGCGCAAAAUUUCUGCCAAAAGCUCAAGUUAGUUCCAUUAAUGCAACCAAACUAGUUAAUGUCGCAAGUAAAAUAGUUAAUCGUGCUUCACUUGCUGCUCAAAGCUGA